CGCCGAGCAGGAGAAGCGCGGGCUGGCCGGCAUGGCGCUCUUCCAUGUCGCGCGGUACGCUGGCCCCGAGGCGGCCGGGGCGGAGGCCGAGGCAGACGGUCGGGCUCGCGCGCUGCUGGAGCGGCUGCAGUGCCGGGCCCGAGAGCGGCAGCUGCAGAAGCAGCCGCCGCAGCAAGCGCCCGAGGAGGCCGCGCAGGGCGCGCCGGCGGCGGGGAAACGGCGGCGGCGACCUCGCAGAACUCGGAGGCGCGAGGGCGGCAGGGAACCGGGGAGUACGCCCGCGCCCCCCAACAAGCGGCAGAAGACGGACGACGAGGACGAGGACGAGGGCGCAGAGAGCGGUGAGGAGACGCCGGCGGAGAGCAGCGUGGGCGCCGAAGCCGCAGGAUCGCCGCAGGGCCGGGGCGGACCGCCCCCCGAAGAGGCCUCUAGACCCCUAACCCACUCCCUGGUGCUCGGGGGCUUCGGGAGAAGCAAGGUGCCAAAGGUCCAGCCUUUCCUGCCAGUGUGGUUGGCUCAGCCAAGCUGCAUUGGAAAGAAUGUAACUGAAGGCUUGGUGCCUAUCGAAGACAUCCCUGCAGUUCACCCAGACCUGCAGAAGAAGCUGCGGGCACAGGGCAUCUCAUCCUACUUUCCAGUGCAGGCUGCAGUGAUUCCUGCUCUCCUAGAGAGCACAGCCAAUGGGUUUCUGGUCAGCAGAGGCGGCUACCGGCCUAGCGACCUCUGUGUUUCUGCCCCAACGGGCAGUGGGAAGACCCUGGCCUUCGUCAUCCCUGUGGUGCAGGCUCUGCUACAUCGAGCUGUGUGCCAGGUUCGUGCCCUGGUUGUGCUGCCAACCAAGGAGCUGGCCCAGCAGGUGAGCAAAGUGUUCAACGUCUACACGGAUGCCACUCCUCUUCGAGUGGCCCUGAUCACCGGGCAGAAGUCACUGGCUAAGGAGCAGGAGAGCCUCGUGCAGAAGACAGCAGACGGCUUCCGCUGCCUGGCUGACAUCAUGGUGGCCACCCCUGGCCGCCUGGUGGACCACGUCGACCAGACCCCAGGAUUCAGCCUCCAGCACCUCCGCUUCCUGAUCAUUGAUGAGGCUGACCGCAUGAUCGACAGCAUGCACCAGUCCUGGCUGCCACGGGUGGUGGCUGCUGCCUUUCCCAGUGAGGGCCCCAAGGUUCCCUGUGCUCUGCUCCAGAGAACGCAGCCCCGGGUGGUGACUGCUGCCAGCAUGUGCUGUCCCCAGAUGCCCCUGCAGAAGCUACUCUUCUCAGCCACCCUGACCCAGAACCCUGAAAAGCUGCAGCAGCUCAGCCUUUACCAGCCCCGGCUCUUCUCAACGGGGUCAGUGUACAGGGCCCCCAGCGACCCUGGCAUUGACGUGGACGGGGACUCAGGUGGGAAGUACACCUUCCCCAUAGGGCUCACGCAUCACUACGUGCCCUGCAGUCUCCGCUUCAAGCCAUUGGUCGUCCUGCAUCUGAUUUUGGAAAUGAACUUCUCACGGGUCCUCUGUUUUACCAACUCCCGCGAGAACUCACACAGGCUGUUCCUGCUGGUCCAGGCUUUCGGGGGUGUGACCGUGGCCGAGUUCUCCUCCCGCUAUGGGCCUGGCCAGAGGAAGAGCAUCUUAAAGCAGUUUGAGCAGGGAAAGAUCCAGCUUCUCAUUAGCACUGACGCCACGGCCCGUGGCAUUGACGUGCAGGGUGUGCAGCUGGUGGUCAACUACGAUGCCCCCCAGUAUCUGCGGACCUACGUGCACAGGGUUGGAAGAACUGCCCGUGCAGGAAAAUCCGGGCAGGCCUUCACACUGCUCCUUAAAGUGCAGGAGAGGAGGUUCCUCCGCAUGCUCGAGGAAGGUGGGGUGCCCGGGCUGGAGCGGCAUGACACCCCCAGCGAACUCCUGCAGCCACUGGUUCCGCGGUACGAGGAGGCCUUGUCCCUGCUGGAGAAGGCCAUCAAGGAGGAGCGGAAGCAGAAGGCAGCCUAGGCCAGGACUGGGGACUCAUCAGCGAGGGCUGCCUCUUUUCUGGAAAGAUCCUGAGCAGUGGCUGCCAGACGCAUGAGCAGGAGACAGGGAUUCCUCAGUUGCAAGAGUCUUGGUCCGCAAGUACUCUGCUGCCGUAGACCAGGCCCAGGACACACACGAGGCUUGGCCCAGGCCCAAGACCGGCAAGGGGGCACAACGUCAGGUCAGCUUCCUGUAGGUGGUCUUCCUGGAAACAAGGCUCCAAUGAAGCUGUUCACACUCUCCCAGAACUGACGGGGUGGUGUCUGCCUUCGUUUGGCUGUAAGUUGGGGGUCAGCCUUGAAGUGCCUUCAGGAAUUCAGUUCUUCUAAGGACGUGAGCCACCACCCUGAGUGGGAGAGGUGGCCCUGGGUUCCUCACUGUUGGGGCAAAGCACUGGCCACUUGGUAGCCAUUCCCUGAGAGGCAUUGCAGAGACCAGAGGACACGCUAUGUGGUCACCAAUGCUUUACUUCAUGAUUAUUCAGAGUGUGUGAGAUGAACAUCCAGAAAAUGGCUUCGGAGCACUAACCGCUGGGUGUGAGCAAGCCUCAUUUCCAAGACUUAUGUGCAGACGUUAAAUAAAGUGUUAAACCGGGGACGAACUGUGGCUUCUCAUCUCUGCCUGGACACGCGUCACUUGUUUUGGCAGUAUAACAACCCAGCCCACGAGUCCUGGCGUCCCAAGUGCUCGCUGUCACCGAAUCAGGGAGGCAGUGGCCGCUACCUGGAGCUGCGCUGCUUUCUGCAAAAAGUCCCUGGGAGCACAGGGGCCUGCUGUCCGGCUGUGGUCUGUGUGUUGGAGGGACACGAUUACAGAUGGCUUGGCUCACACCUUCCUGAGGAGCUGGAACCAGUCAGCGCGAGUGGCCGGGGCGAGGGGAGGCACAGGUGUAGCCGGUGGUGAAACAGAAGCCUCUGAGUCACUUGUCAGGAAACCUCACGUUGGAUGCAUCCAGUUUAUUGAAAAACAGUGCCCAAAAUUACUGGAGUCUUGUUUCUGAUAAAUAAACAGCCCCUGCUGACUGGGUCUAGCUUUUGCUCAGAGAAGGUAAGGUUGACUGGAAUCAGCUUCCAGGAGGUGGAACGGGGAAUGCCAUAGACCCUCUCCCUAACAAAACUACUGACAAGAUCACAAAAACAGUUGCUUAGGGUCUAGAAAUUGUCCCAAGGGCAGAUAGCAAAUGGAGAAACAUUUCUCUUAAGAAAAUCCAGAUAAGGGCCAGCUGUGUUUGAGCUCCUGUGCCACCCCACCCCCCACCCCUGCCCAGCAUGGCGGAGGCUCCCCUCCUGGCGGGUUUGGCCAACAAGCAAUCAGAAGGUGCUUGGUGUCACUGAUGACCCAGGAGGUGCGUACCAGACACAGGCCACCCCCGCAGCAGUGAGCCGGGACAGUAUAGGUGUGACACUGACGUGCGGACGGCCCCACACACUGGCACUGUUGGUGGGUGUGACCCCAGCCCCACACCUGGGCACAUGCCCCAGAGAAUGAACGUGUGUUCAUGCAGGACACAGUGUUCCUCCUAACAGCCAGGGAGUAGAAACAUCCCAGGUGUUCAUCACCCGCUGAAUGGACGAGAACACAGUGUGUGUGCACUGGAAUAAAAGGAAUGUGGGCUGGGGAGGGGUAGGCAAGGGCAGUGGUUGGGGGUGGGUGCAGUGCCCCGUGGUGAUAGGAUUACUGGAAAUCCCGGCUCGCCCCUCAGCUUGCCCUUUUCUUUACAUCCAGACAUGCUUAUAUCAGAAGAAGGUAACUAAAGACAACAGCUGAGCCUGAAAGUUUUGUAAUAAAUGCAAGAGGACAAAAAAUUGCAGUAUCAUGUUUACUGAGUGUUGUGGGGUGGCCAGGCUAGCCCCACCCCCCACUGUCCCAGCGGGGCCCAGGGUAUGCACAGUGGCCCCAAGCCUGUCCACGAGUUCUGGGAAGGGUGUAAGUGGUGGGAAGGGUACAUCUGCAGGGAUACGAGUGGAGGCUCUCGGCCAAGUCAGCAGAGAGGGCGGGAGGCCAGGAGGCUUCAACCAGGGGCCAAGGGUGCCAUGUGCUGAUGGCUUCAUGUAAUUGUACCCCUGAGCAGUGGGAGAGGGGGUCUGAGUCCAGACCUGCUGGCAUCCUCACUUCCAAGGAAGUAGCCAAGUGACCACAAGGAAACUGGACAUGGCUUGCCUUAGACUUCGCUCUGAACCCGAAGAUAGAGUCGACCUGCAGCAGCCCCUGCACCUGCUGGGCCCCCAGGGCCCUAGGUGUCUGGGAGACGGGAGGGAACAGUGUUUUCAGGAGGGCUGGAGGUACAGGUCACUUUUUGGUGCUGGGUUUCAACAGUGACCUGCUAGGCAUUUUAUCUGAAAUAAAAAACGACUUCAGGAAAGAGUGAAGUAGGAGGGAUUAACAUUGUAGUAAACCAAUUAAACAAGCUCAUAGAAAAAGACAGAUCUGUCAUUACCAGAAGCAGGGACUGGAGAUGGUCAAAAGGUACAGACUUCCAUUUAUUAGGUAAAUAAGUACCAGAAUGUAAUGUACAUGACACGUGUAACUAACACGCUGUGGGCUACAUAUGAUACGUAUGAAAGUUGUUGAGAGUGGAUCAUGGGCUUCCCUGGUGGGCCAGGGGCUGACUCCACACACUCAAAGCAGGGGACCUGGAUUCCAUCCCUGGUUGGGGAACUAGAUCCCACAUGCCGUAAGUAAGCGAUCCUGCGUGUUCUAACUAAAUCCCGCAUGCUGCAGUGAAGAUCAAAGAUCCUUUAUGCUGUAACUAACACCUGGCAUGGCCAAAUAGAUACAUUAUUUUAAAAGGAGUAAAUCCUAAAUUCUCACCAUAAGGAAAUUUUCUUUUCUAUUUAAUGUUCUAUCUACAUGAGAUGAACAUUCACUAAACUUGGUGUGAUAAUCAUUCCAUGGCAUGUGCCAGAGCAUUAUGCUGUGCACAGUGCUGUCGGUCAACUACAUCUCAAUAAAACUGGGAAAAGAAGGAUAGAACGGAAGAGGGUGGGAACAUGGCCAAGCAGCAGUGGGCUUGGGCCCACUGAGCAGCAGGGUGGGCUGGCGGGCACUGAGCUCACAAAGGAUCCAGGGGGACCUGAGAGCCCAGAGCUGCAUCCCCCGAGGUUCAGGAACUGAUCAUGUUUUAGGCGGCCCCCAGAGCAGGGGGCAUGAUGGGGACCCCCCAGCCCAGCAGCUGCGCUGGUCACGACAUCCCUGGGCAGGCUGGUCUGCCCUCCUACGUGACCCCUGGGUCAGGCCAGGAGACAGCAUGGCCUCAGUGCAACCGCUCUGCUGCCCUCGCCCACCUAGGGGUGCAGGGUAAGGAUGGGGAGCGAGGCAGCUCUGCCAGGUUGGAGGAGGGAAGGCAACAGCAGGUCCUGUCAUCCAGCAAAGACCCAGGUGCUGUCUCUGAGCUGGAGCUGGGGGAGGUACCAUACCCUGGGGCAGCAAAGGCUCCCUCCUGCUAAAGAACAGUCUAGAAUGUGCCCACAGGUGCUUCUGGGAGCUUUCUCUGGCAGGUGUGUGAAGGGGGUACCCUGGCCUGCCAGUUUCCUCUCCCCCAGCACAUCGCCACCUUCUGAUAUAAGAGACAGAGGAGGAUGGCGAGACUACGGCCACAGCUCUGAACACCUGUGUGUGAACCCGCAUCUCCACUCAGAGCAUCAUGACAGAGUCAGGCAUGAAAAGGCAAAAAAGGGGGCUGUCAGGUAUCACCCAAUACUCCAUCUAUGAUCGGACACUUGUCAUCACCCUAUAAAACUACGUGUGACCACACAACUCUUAAAUAACCAAGGGUCCAGCUCAUGCUCCCCUCUGUGAAUCCCUGUUCCCAUCCCAUUCCCUCCCAGAUCUAAUCCUAACAUUUUUGGGGGAAUUAUUUUAUAGACCCCAGAUCCUGUGUCUCUGCAACAGAAAUGUACUCAAAAACUGACCACAAGACUCUUAAGUAUUCAAAAAUAAUCUGGGUUGAUAAACUGGUACAAUUAUUAUUGGUAUGACAAGUGUACUAUGAUUAUAGUAAAUAAUUACUAAAUAUAAAAAGUGAAAUCUAACAGAUGGAGGGGGCUAUUCUAUUCUUCAAUUAGUUCCUAUAUCCACAGGAUUCAAUGUCAACUCUAUUGUUUUCCAGUUUACAGAUCAAAACACCGAAAAAAAUCCCAUUCCCAAAAAUAAACGGAUGGGAUGAGAAAGAGCUUUGUAGUUGAAACGUUCCUCAAUCCUUUGCUCCCUUUCUGAGCUCUCGGGUCUGUGGCCAAAAACUGCGUCCAGACCAGUGCCCUCCCAGCUGGAAGGACGAGUCCUGCAGGUGGAGACAAAGCAGAAGCCACCACCUGGCUAGAAGCAGCUGCAGCCCCGCACCCAGCCCACUUGAGAGCAUCUGUCCUCAGACCUGUGCCCACAGCAGACAACUGUGGGCACAGCAGGCAGAGGGACAGAUGAGGGGUGUGAAGGCUGCAGAGGCCACUCCCCUGAAGCCAUCAGGAAGGCACUCCUUGGAGCCUCUGUUUAUCCCAACACCAGAAAGAACUUUCUGGUUUCCAGACUUAUCUGAGAAGUUAGCCAGGUUUUCUCCACACUCCUCUCAGUCACUAAUUUUCUAAUGGACUGUUUACUCUCCCAUGAAGGUUUCAAAAAUCUGCAGUGGAAUCUGCAUCCAGUAAAAAA